GAGAAGAUCAAGAUUUCUGUAAGGUAAGAGCACAACAGAAAAAAUUGCCGCCAGCCACACACUCUCACUCACAACAACAACUUUACGUUAUGUAAAUGUAGCGUUAUGCACCAGGAUCAGGAUGGGCCAAAGCUCUAGUUCUUUCCUUUUGCCGCAAGGAGUGGAGGGCGUGUGUUGUGGCACUUCGACGGAUCAUGCGAACAGUUUGUUGCGAAGAGAUGAAUUCGACUACCGUAGGCAAAAGCGGCAAGCUGCACGCAACAAAAAUUACGAACUUCCUCUGGACGGCCGGUUCUCCUUGUGCACUUUCCGCAGCAAGCUCGUUUUCCCAUUCCGAAGCGACGUGUUUGUGAGGUUGUAUGAUGACUACAACAACAACGAAAACUAUUUGGUAAACUUUUCAUCGACACCUACAUCAAGAACAACAAUAUCUGCUGCACUAGGACGACCUCCGACGCCGCUCGAAGAGCGAUACUCGCUGGCGAAGGAAGUGGGCAGAGGUAGUUUUGGUGUCGUUUACGAAGCCAAACGGAAAGCGGGGGCCACAGCGACGUCAGUGGUUGAGGACUUAAGCAGUGGUCCUGGUGGGCGACCAACAAGUUCAAAUUAUGCAGGUGGAACCCAAAGUACAAUUCGCGUUGCUGUCAAAAGCUGGAUGCUGUCCCAGAACAAAGAGCCACUGAAAACAAGAACUUCUACAGGCGCAACUUCAUCUGGCGUUGUGUCCACAAGCACAACGAAAACGACCUACAACAAGAACAAUGAACAUUACCCUGUGCUGAAUGAUCGAGUAGCUUACGAAAAUUUCUGCCGGGAACGGGACAUAUUAACGCAGCUAGACCAUCCACAUAUCAUCAAGAUUUUUGAGGCACACGAAGAUAUAAACGGCUUGCACUUGGUGCUAGAGCUCUGUCGCGGAGGUGAGCUGUACCGCUACGUAGCAUCGCACGCCCUGCACGGCACCCACGUACUGCCAUCAUGUACUGAACUUCUUAAUGCUUGUAGUUGCCGCCAUCUAGUACUAGAAGUGGACUUAGUCCAACUAGUCGCUGAUAAUGAUUCUGUGCUUGAAUGUUCAAGGCUCCUCGUUUGCUUGUGCUGCAACACGAGUUUGCUGCGUAUCUGACCACGACAAGAAUGAGACAUUCGUAUGUUUGGAGUCAGUUCGAUACGGUCGUAGGUGGUGAGAAGUCAUGGCGCAGUAGAUCUACUUAUGAAAAUCGAUAGGCUUCUGUACUACCUGUUCAUCUUUCAUGUUCAUCAAGGUACCCGAAGGAGAAUGCCAGGAGUAUUUACUGCAAAUGGUCCGCGGCAUCGGUUACCUACACGCACAAGGUAUCGUCCAUAGGGACGUGAAGACAGAGAACUGGCUUUUUCUUUACCCUCCAGACUACCAGGCUUCUAACACAGGAGAUGUUAACCUCCGCUCGUCUUCGAAAGAGACUACUAGCAGUAGCAGUACAAGGCAGUCGUCAAUACCUGGUGCUGGCAGAGGAAGGGAGUCGUCUUUGGGAUCGAAGCGCGGUCGUGGACGUCCUGUAUCGUCCGGUGGUGGCGGAACAGAUACUACACGACCAGGUGGGCCAAAAAAAUCGUUCUACAACGUUCUGAAGCUGUGCGACUUCGGUACGGCGAUCCUAGAGCGGGAGUCGCCAGCUCACGCGCGUGUAGGAACCCUGAGCUACACAUCCCCAGAAGUUUACAACGGCCAGCCAGCAAGGAUAGCAUCAGAUAUGUGGUCACUUGGCGUGUGCUUCUACGUUAUGCUUUCUGGACAAAGCCCCUUUCGUCGCCGCAACGACCCCAAGCAGCAUCCUGGUCGCUUCACUGAAACAUCAUCAUCUUCUUAAGGGAUUAGGUUAUUACAUACGGCCUUGUUGUGUGAGAGUUAGUGUGAAGUGUUCCAGACAUGACGGGUCUCCUCAAACACAGGACCCUUAAGUACCCCGACCUCCCGUUCCUCUAAUAGACCGAAGAUGCAGAAGGAUUUCGAAAACCGAUAUCCAGAAGGUCGAAAAGGAAGAAUCCGGGUCCUCGCGAGGUGAGGGAGACGGUACAGAGAGUUUGUCGAGGCGAGUACGACACUGCGAGCAUAGCCCACGUUUCUGCAAAUACAGUAAACGUUGUCUCCCGACUGCUUCAGGUGAAUGUGGAACGUCGUUUAAGCGCGAAGCUGCUACUACGAGAUCCUUGGAUAUUAAGGCUCACGAUCGUAUGCGUAUGUGAAGAGGUAGAAUCAAUGGAUGCAAUGGAUUAAUUUAUUGUCUAGUUCAUCUGGACAUCUCUCCACUUCUUGAGAUGUAAACAUAAUCCGCAGUAGAUGUUGAGGCGUGAGGACCACAACAAGUUGGACAAGUAUUUCAGACUGAUUGUCGUUCUCUAGAAAGGAUUUGUGAAAGUGCUCUUCUAACUACGAACACGUCAAGUUUCUCAGCAGCUACAGGAGGUAGCUCUUCAGACGCGACCGCCACGGCAAAGGAUCCAGACGACACUGAUUCAUCCCAUGCUUCCCUGAGUGACCUUAUGCGUACUCACUUUGGGUGGACCGAUACGGAAGGUGAGGCUGGUGUUGGAGGCAAUGCAGUUGCAGGCUACCAACGUGAUUCUGUCUCCGCAGACGGCGGAUUGUGGUCCUCAAGGACGCGCGCGAGCGGGUCUUCGUCGGCUCGCUCUGUCGAUAUUGACAAGCAGUUGGAAACUACUAGAUCCUCAAAGUCGGGGCACAGCAGCACUGCACUAGAACAAUUCACUAAUAGUAGAGCAGCACGAGGAGGGGAGCGGGAGCCGAAAAGUGUUGCCACAAGAAGAGUGGCUACAAUUGCAGAAGCACGGGACUAUUUGCCGAUAAUUUUACAACUGCUCAUCGCGUUUGGACA